UAGUGAUGGGCUGCGGAAACAUUCCCGCUACCAGUAAGUUUCCAUUUGGGAAUAUUACUAGUAAGUUACCAAUGUUACCAGUAACAUUCCCAAAAGGUGGUAACAUACGAAACUGAUGAUAGUAAUGAUUUCUAUGAGAUAAAAUAAGGUUAAAAAGUUAUUUUCAUAGUACAACGAGUUAUGUAGGUACAUAAAUAUGUCUUUCUCUUUCACUCAAUCUGUUUCUUAUCUCAAUUGUUACCUGGACCCCUAGUCAGGGGGUUAGUCUUAUCUAGAACACGGGUUAGAGUGAACGUAUUAUUUGUGAUAAGGUGAUAACUAGUGGAUGGAGGACUGGAUAUGUUACAAUGAAGCCGAAAAGUCAAGUGUAUAGUCAUUUUACCCAAAAUACUAUAAACAAUAAAAAAAGUUUCACUUGCAACUUUUGCAGUGUUGUGUACAACUUUCGAAACGCAACAAAAUUUGCAUGUCAUAUUCUGAAAUGUAAAAAGAGUCCCCAAGAUGUAAAGGAGAGUUUUAGACAAUAUGACAAAAAAUCAACAACAUUAUGUGACACUCAACUAUCAAGUGACAGUGACCGUGCCUCUACAUCGCAACAUACAAGAGAUGUAAGACCAGCAUUGAUGGACAAAGAUGAGCAGAUGAAUAUACAUAAAGCUGUUGCAAGAGCAAUGUAUGUAACUGGCACACCUUUCUCUCAUUUCGAGCACCCGCUAUGGAAAGAAGCAUUUCAUUUGAUGAACCCUUCAUACGGUCUGCCUUCGAGAAAGAGAUUGGCUACAUCGCUAUUAGAUGAAGAAUAUUCAGAAGUUCAGAGUGACAUAGUGAGCAAAAUCAAUCAAGCCAGUGUUAUUCACUUAUCCAUUGAUGGAUGGUCUAACCUAAGAAAAGAAUCUAUUUUAAAUGUGAUUCUUUAUGCUCCGAAACCAUACUUUUACAAAUUUAUAGAAACAAAGGAACAAAGACAUACAGCCGAGUAUUUAUGUGAAGAAGUCACAAACAUAAUCGAAGAGUUUCACCCGUCAGAGUUCGUUGCAGUUGUCACAGACAAUGCUGCAAACAUGGUCAGAUUUGGGAAGCUCUUGCACGACAAAUAUGAACAAACUAUAUAGUUUGUUCAUAUUUGGACAGGAUGUUUGGCUCAUACCCUACAUUUAUUUGUUGGAGACUUAUUAAAAAUCAUGAAAAUACGUCGGAUUUUUGCAUUUACAGUGAGAGUUAUAAAAACAGUUACACGAUCUCAUAUUCUUGGAGCAGAAUUCCGAAGACUUGCGGAAGAAAAAUGUAUCAAUACACCUCUUCAGUUACCAGUUAAAACAAGAUGUGGCAGUUAUUUAGCAUGCCUUCAAAGCUUUAUAAAAUCAAAAAUUGUUUUACAAAAUAUCACAAUAAAUGAAUCCACAACAUCUUUAAGACCAUACAAAAAUAAAAUAUUAAACGAAGACACAUGGACAGAGCUUCGCAGCCUGGAAUGGUUUUUAGACCCCAUAGUCCAAUGGAUAUUCAUUCUAGAAGGGGACUAUUUCGCAGUACACUUAGUUUACAAAGCAUUUAAAGAAUUAGAUGCAUUGCUUAACAAUUACC